AUGUUCGUGUUCUCCAUCAUCUCAAUCGGCCUACUGAGCCUUGCCCAAAGUGUGUCCGCACACGGCUACCUCAAAAGUAUAGAAGUUGGGGGAAAGAGCUACCUCGCAUGGCAAGUAGGGCAAGACGACUACGUCACGCCCGAGCCCGCUCGGUACGCACGUCGUAUCAAAGACAAUGGGCCUGUUCCAGAUUUCACAAGUGUCAACAUCACCUGUAAUCAGGGAGGGAACAUUCCCUCGAAGGCUACCGUUCCGGUUAAUGCUGGCGACAAGGUCAAGCUUAUCUGGGAUCAAUGGGGCUCUUCUCAUUCUGGACCCGUCAUGAACUACCUCGCCUCUUGUGGUAGCUCCUGCGCGACCUUCAAGGGUGACACCGGCACGCCGUGGGUCAAAUUCGAUCAGAUGGCGUACGAUACGACAAAAAGUCCGCCCUGGGGUUCCGACUUUCUCGCCACGCAGGGUGCUUCAUGGACCGUCACUAUUCCAGCAAGCCUAAAGCCUGGCGAGUACCUGUUGCGCCACGAGAUUCUAGGUUUGCACGUUGCCGGAGACCGGAUGGGAGCACAGUUCUAUCCGGCCUGCGUGCAAAUCAAAGUAAGCGGUAGCGGCACUAAGAGCCUACCGGCCGGUGUUGGGCUCCCUGGCGCAUACAACCCAGAUGAUGCUGGUAUCCUCGUACAAUUGUGGCAAGUUAACCAGGGUCAAAGGGGUUAUACGGCACCUGGUGGCCCAGUGAAAACAAUCUGA